AUGGCCAGCUAUCCCACUGCCCACACGACCGACAUCGAGAACCCUCGAUUGAGGCUUUUGAACAAGAUAAAAAAUGGAGAGUUCCCUUUGAUGACAUUCAUGGCACUGCCAUCCGUUCGCAUCGCUCAGAUCAUCGCGUUGACUGGUGUGGACGGGAUCAUCAUCGACUGCGAACACGGCCACAUCGGGGACGACGCGAUGCACAAUUCUGUCGCAGCCAUUUCCUCUCUAGGUGUCUCGCCUGUGAUACGCAUCCGCGGCCCUGCCCAUGAUAUUAUCAAGCGAGCCCUCGACACGGGCGCCCAUGGCAUCAUGGUCCCGCAGAUCAACAACGCCGAAGAGGCGCAACAGAUAGUCGCGUCGUCCAAGUUUCCUCCCCAGGGCGUACGCGGUCAAGGCUCAGCCUUUCCAGCCAUCGGUCACGGGCUCACCACCCCUGAAUACAUGAAAACCGCCAAUGAGACCAUCUUGACCAUGAUCCAAAUUGAGACUCGGAUGGGGGUGGAGAACGUGGAUGCUAUCUGCGCCGUGCCGGGCGUGGAUGUGGUCUUUAUCGGUCCUAAUGAUCUUGCACAGUCCCUUCUGGGCUACACACCUGCUCGGGGUGAUGAGCCAGAGUUCGUGGCUGCUGUUGACAAGAUUAUCGCGGCGGCGAAGAAGCAUGGAAAGUGGGCUGCGCGCAUGGUCAAUAAUGGUUCCACGGCGAAGGAGGCUCGAAAGAGAUAUGAUACCGUUGCCAUAACAGGUGACACGAAAGCCAUUCAGAACUGGUAUAUUUCAGAAUUUGAGGUUGCUCGCAGCAGUUGA